AUGACCGACUCGAGCUUCGCCCAGGCCCAGCAGCGGGUCGUCGCGCGCCGCCAAGCUCGCGAAGCCCAGGCCGCCGCCGCCGCCGCCGCCUCCUCGCGCGCCCACCAGCUCCGCCUCGGGCUGCAACGCCUGCCCUUUCCCCUCAAUCAACUCGGCCCGGUGUGGGAGGCGGCGUCCUCGAGACAAGGCACCCGGCCGGCGUUCCGCGUGGCGCAGGUCGACGCCGAGCUGCUCGACGACGAGCUGGUCGAGCUGCUGAGGGGCCAGGUUGCCGAUGCGCUCAAGUACUUUGGCGGCGGCCACUUGCACGACGACUGGUCGGCCGAGACGCUGCUGGCCCUGCGCGCCGUGCUCUUCAAGCUCACUGUCUGGGACCACGACGCCACCUACGGCGCCGCGCUACAAAACCUCCGGUACACCGACGCCAGAACGGACGGCCCCGUGCUCGUGGCCCCGUCCAGGCUGCAAAAGUCGCUCUACGGACUCGUCACCGUCGUGGGCAAAUACGCGUGGACGCGGUGGGAGGACUGGCUGCUCGACCAAGACGACGGCCACGACCGGCCCAGCAGCCCGCGCAUACGAUUCCUCUCGCGCUGGACCGGGAGGCUGUCGACUGCGCACUCGGCCGCCGCCCUCGUCUCCUUUCUCGUCUUCCUUCUGCGCGGGCGAUACCGCACGCUGCUCGACCGGGUGCUGAGGAUGCGCCUCGCGCCGCCGACGAGCCACGUCAGCCGCGAGGUGUCGUUUGAGUACCUCAACCGCCAGCUCGUCUGGCACGCGCUGACCGAGUUCCUGCUCUUCGUGCUGCCGCUCAUCGGCAUCAACCGGUGGCGGCGCUGGCUCAGCCGCACAUGGCGCAAGACCAAGGACAUGAUGCGCACCGACGGCGACGGCGACUCGGACCCGACCCGGGGCGAAUACGCCUUCCUCCCUGAGCGGACGUGCGCCAUCUGCUACCAGGACCAAAACGCCACGGCGACGACCGAGACGGAGAUGCUGGCGGCGUCGGGGGGCGUCGUGGGGUCUGCGCAGACGGACGUGACGAACCCGUACGAGACGAUGCCGUGCGCCUGCGUCUACUGCUUCGUAUGCUUGGCGACGCGGCUCGAGCGCGAGGAGGGCGAGGGCUGGACGUGUCUGCGGUGCGGCGAGCAUGUCCGCGAGUGCAGGCCGUGGAGCGGAGACGUGCUGGAGCCCGAGCCGCGGCCGAGGAUGUCCAAGGUGAGCUCGGCGGCCAAGACGGUCGCUUUUUCGGAUGAUGUCACGGGGGGCGAGCACGUGGUGGAGGAUGGGAAGUUAUAG